GAAAAUCAAGUCUUUAAUAUCCUUUGAAGGAUGGUUGUCUUACAUGAAGUGACCUCAGUGCUCAUUUGCAUUUUGCUUGUUACUGUAGAUCCAGGUGUGUGCACCAACAGCUCUCCUGAUACAGUCGUAUGACUAACCAAUUUGACCCCCGAACAAUAAUCAUGGUCAUCAUCGGUGCUGGGAUCCUGGCAGCCAUGUUUAUACUGAUAGGAGUUGUCCUCUGCCUUUACUCCAAAAUAGCCAAAGCACUGAAUUCAUCUAGAACUGCAAGAAGAGGAGAUGCUGCUGUUAGCUUUGUUGAGCCACACAAGAAACUCAUCCUGCCCAAACCCAUGGCUGCUGAGUCCUUUCGGACCUUCCAGUGCUGUGAUGCAUGCAGUGUCUAUGCAGAUGUUGGCUCCCUGCCACCUUGCUUUUGCAGCACAAGUGAGGGACUCUGACAUGGCAUUGGUGGAUAGAAAGAAAUCCUCAUAAUCAGUAUUUCAACUUCUAAGUAGAAUAUUUUCUUAUCCAAGACAAUUUCUAUAGCAUUUAUA